AACGAAAAAAGCCGAGCGGACCCGAGUUGUCUAGCGACCAUUUUUUUUUCUUCCCUCUGACUGCGUCCGCCAUCCUUGAAGUCUUUGGCCAGCAGAAGUAUUCGCUUUUUUCGUCUGGUCUGUUUUUAAAAACUCCGAGACCAGACAAUGCCGUCUCUGUUAUUCUGCGGUCCCAAAUUAGCCGCCUGUGGGAUUGUGUUAAGUAUUUGGGGAGUCGUCAUGUUGGCGAUGCUGGGGAUCUUCUUCAGUGCGAAGUCUGCUGUGCUGAUCGAGGAUGUUCCCUUUACUGAGGAAGACAUCAGAAAUGACACAAACCCACCCCAGGCAAUCUACAGCCUGUACAACCAAGUGGCCAUCAACUGCUUCAUCGCUGCUGCCAUUUAUGUUGGCGUGGGUGCUAUCUCUCUGUGCCAGGUUCGCCUGAACAAGCGCCAGGAGUACAUGGUGACAUAAGCGGAGGAUGUCGAGCAGUCCACCAAAUCUUCCAAACGUUAUUUAUUUGCAGAUGACUUUAUUUAUUCUACUGGAUCGGUCGUAGUAGCAGUUCAAAGGUUUCCAUCUUUAGAAAGGUAACAUGGGGGGAAAAAUGGGAAAUACAGACAAAUUAAAAGUAUACUCUAUUGGUGAUGAGAAACAACUAUAUCAAAUAAAUUUUAAAAUGUCCUUAUGCAUGUAUGUGAAGAUGGAUGUUUUGUGAAUUACACAUUCCCACAUCAAAUUGGACAGUAGAAUGUAGAAUAAAUGAUUCACUGGACCACAAAAAGACCAACUGUUAACGAUAAAUAAUUCCACAGCGUCGACGGUCGAAAUCAGAGCGACUUUGGUGUGAAAACAUUCCUGUGUAUUAAUGUGUGGCUCUUUAUAGUAAUAGAAACGUGUUAUUUUUUCAGUGCAUUGUGUUUUCAUAUCUUCAUGUUGGAAAUUCUACUUCUUAAGUUUGGUUUUUUUGUUCGUUUUUGUUUUAUUCCCUGUUUACAUUAUAUAUGAAUGUGACGGUGGUGUGACAUUACCCUGAAUAACAUGUGAAGUGGAAAUAAAAGGCUUAUUGUUUAAACAUG